AUGGCAGGAGGCAGUUUCACGUUCCUAGCGGUCGAUGGCACUGGUCGCCCUUCAGGCCCUGGUAGUCGAGCUGCUAUCCGCAGUCAAUGCAUGAAGGGAGUCAAUGUCCGCAAAGACUCUCGACGUUCGAAAAGAAAAGCAAAAAACAGAAAGGUACAACACCAAGAAAAUGUAGAACAAGAUGAGGAUGCUAUCAUAAUGCAUCGUCAAGACUUAUCACUACACUGUACUUCGAGUCUUCGGAACCACUGUCUUAAGAGACAGUUGCUCAAACCGUCAUUGAGGAUGAGCAUUGACGAUUGUGGCUUUGACUCUUCGCUCUUCCCAUCAUCAGUACUGGAAACCGGUGAUUUGCACUCGCUACCCCACAAAGAAUCAUCAAUUACUAACGUGGGCUUUGUCAUGAAAUAUAAUAGCAUCAUUGAAAAAGUCUACCCAUUGGACACAAACCUCAUCGUCCACAGUUGGAUGAGCGACGACUUCCAGUUCCUCCACCAAAACAGAACCCUGCUUAGCGCAAUCUACCUCGCCACGCACGCCGUAGACGAUCUUCGAUGCAGCGCGCGUCUUUCCCCCUGGACCCAACAGCUGCUUUGCAUCAUCCUCUCAUCAUUGAAUCGGGAUCUAUAUCAAGCUGCAGGCCAACAGUCCUCAACAACAAUGAUGACCAUCCUGAUACUACUAUUUGCUGCCGAGUCAUUGCAUGACUUUGGAGCCGUAGGGUUGCAUCUUGAAGGGGUCAGGCGACUGCUUAUAAUUAGGGACAACGUUUUUACAGGACUGGACGCGAAGCUUCUCUUUAAGAUUCAGCAGUUUGAUUUGAGGUUGGCGUUGGCUUUUGGCCGGCCACUGCAUCUUGCACUGGAAUACAACGAUUAUCCGACAUUACCGGUGCCGCCGAUUGCAAAGUCGGAUAUUCUGCAGAGACUCAACGUAAACUCUCCGCGGGUGAUUGAAGCUUUUCAGAACUUACAAGCUCUGAUACGGGAUAUCAAAAAUGCUAUAAGUGCAAGGACUGAUCUAAUAUGGACGCAAUUCCAGUCCCAGAUCAGCAACAUCCAGACGCAGUUGCUACAUCCGAAUAACAAUUACCCUGAUAUAGACGAAGCACUGAGACUCGGGAUGCUCGCCUUUCUUACCACCCUUUCCCAAAGCCCUGUACGGAGGCCACAACUACCAGAGCUUCAGAGACGGCUUGAAACAAACUAUAUAAUGAUGCAAGACCAGAACGAGAAUUACAGGACAUUCACUAUCUGGGUGUUGAUGAUGGGCUGUUUCUCAGCGGUUGAGGUAUCAAAUGUCUUAGUUGGAGAAAUUUGGGAUGUGAUUGUGAGUCCCGAUCUGACUUGGGAGAAUGUGCGAGACAUGAUAGUGGCGGAAGGUCUUCCAUGGAUCGACUUUAUUCAUGGCGGACCAGGGAAGAAAGCAUUCGGCUAUCUUCAAGCACAAAGAAUUCUGCCAUAG